AUUGCGGGCAGCUUUGGAGAUGGCAACUGCAACAAAGAGGGACAUAGCCAUUGCUGCAGAUGAACUGAGGGCAACAAAAAAGAAGAUGGACCUUAAACUGGAAGAGCUAACAGAACAGUUGGCCAAGGAGUCUAGCCUGCGAGAGAAUUUGCAAGAAUCCCAGGCUGUCCUGAUUUAUCAGAUGAAUGAUAUGGAAAUGAUGGUGGAAAAAGAACGGAAGCAGGUUCAUAAUUUGCAGCAGGACUGUAAUGCUUUACAUCAGAACAUUCAAAUAUCUCGAGAGAGACUGCAAAAGGAAGAAGAGAGGAAAGUCCAGCUGGAGCAGGAAUGUACACUGCUUAAAAGCAAUCUAGAAUCCCAAGAGGCUACCAUUUCCAGGCUCAAUGACGAAGCGAAAAUUGCACAGGUGUCCUUGAGCAAAACCCAUGAAGAGAAUGCACGGCUGCAAACAGAAAUAACCACUUUGCAAGAGGUGGCAGAAAAAGUGCAAAUGCUUAAUGAGCAGUUGACCCAACAAUGUACAGAACUGAGUGGUGCCCUUCGGAAUAUUACCAUGGAGAAGGCUCAACUGAUCACAGAGCAUCAGGCUGUUCUUAAGGUAGAACAGGAGAAAAUUAAUCAGAAACUGCAAGAACAAGACCUAAUUUUGGAUGCUGCUCGGGCCAGCAUUAUGGAAGAGCUGCAGAUUGUGCAGAAUGAAAAAACUCAGCUCCAGAGAGAGAUUGAAGUCCUGCGUUCUGAGCAUGCUGACGGCAAGCAGAAAGUUUGCAAAACUGAGGAGACCACAGCCACCCCAAAGGAGCUACUGGAGUCUACAGUUGCCAUGGUACGAAGUGAACUGGAGACAGCGCUACAGAAGAGAGACACUCUGCUGAAGGAAAAGGGGAUCCUAGAGGAAGAGAUGCAGAAAACAAUAUAUCAAUUAACGCAAGACAACAAAAGAUUGGAAGCAGAGCUAGAGGAAAGCAAGUUAGAAAUUGAUCCUCUGAAAGAGACACUGAAGACACUAGAAGAAGAAAACAAGAAAUUAAUGGAGUGGGAAGCUGCUUUGGAAUAUCAACAACAUGCCCAGCAACAAGUAAAGCAGGUUGUAGAAGAGCUGACCGACAACAAAAACAAACUAACGUAUGACAAAGGAAAACUUCAGACAAGAGUACAACAGCUAGAAGAAGAAGUGCAGUCUCUUACAGAUGUACAUUUAGAAAAUAAUCAGCUUCGUAAGCAGAAUACUGCCCUGAAGAAGAAAUAUAAUCAGAUUAACGCAGAAUUUAACUCAGUCAGAAUGAAUGCACAGAGGUUAGAAGCACAACUUAAACAGACAACAAACCGUGUAGCAAAAAUGCCUCUUAAAAAAAGGAAGUCUUUUGAAAGUUGCUGGCAGCAGAAGCCCAGUGAUGAUUUUCAUUCGUGCCUGGCCUGUGACAUAAAUGGCAAUGUGAGCCUUGAUGAGCAAGAUUGUAGUCGGUAUUCCACAACACGCAGAGUUCGCUUCAUGAUAGAUCUACCUGCAAGGGAGUCUGUCUCUGACUGUGGUGAUAGUUGCAAAGCCUCUCCAGCUGUUAAGACCACAGAGGAAAUGCUAGAGAGCGAAAUGGAUAUACCUGGUCCCAAAUGGUUGCAAACCACAUGGGAUAUAGCUAGUGAGGGAAGAGAGCUCCAGAGGUCACAGUCAGCCCUUGCCUCCAGAGAGCAAGAUUAUUCUGUGACAGUCAAAACCUGUGAUGAAGCAUUAAGAGAGAACCAGAAGCUCAAAGGUCAAAUAGGUGCCACUGAAGAGAGAGAGAAACACAAGGUGGGUAACCUACGCCGCAGACUAGAAGAAUCAAAGGAAGAUAAUGUCAAAAUGACAACUAUGCUAGAGAAUAUUUUGGCUUCUCAUAAUAAAAUGCAGGUUGCUCUGAAGAAGAUGCAAACUGAACUGGGGCACAAGGAUUCUGAGAUUGCUGGCUUGAAGAAAGAUAGGAUCCAGAGCCAGCAAAGAAUCCAGACGUUAGAAGAAGAGUUGGAACACUGCCGUAACAAACUUGUCUUGGGAUCUCAGCACACCAUAAAGAUGGGCCCAUUUUGUAAAGCAAUAGAAACCUCUAAAGCGGACAACAAGAAGCUUGCACAAAAUUUAGAACACGCUCUGCAGACUAACAGUGCCCUGCAAAGCAAACUUUUGCUUGUUCAGGAUGAAUUGGAAAGCAAAGAAACCGAGUACCAGCAGCUACUGGAGUGCAGGGACCAGCUAAUUGAGGAAACCAAGAUGGAGGCAAAACUGUACACAGAUCGCCUUGAGGCACUGAAGAAACAGUUUCAGACUGAGCGGGAAGUAACAAUGAAAGCAGCCCACAAGGAAUCAAAUGAGCUGAAGAAAGCCCUUGAAGAGGCCUGCUCUAAAUCUGGGGAAAUGUCACGCUGUAACAGGGAACUACGAACAAAAGUGAUGGAGCUGGAGUUGGCCCUGGCUAGUCAGAAGGAAAAGGUGAAGAGACAGAAAACAUUAAUCACACAAUACUUCAACUCCAAGACUAACAAUUCACGAAAUAUGACGAGAAUGAAGGAGAUUGAAUCGGAAUUGAGGCAAAUGGAAGAACUGAAGGAGCAGUAUCAGAAGAAAAACCACGAGCAGUCCCUUAGCAUCAGACAAUUUAUCACUGAAUUAACAAGCUUGCAAAGUGAAAUGCAACAGUUGGCCAAAAAUCAACAAGCAAUGGCAACAGAGAACAGAAACUUGGAAAAUCAGUUGGAACUAGAGCGGAAACAACGGAAACAGCUUGAAGAAGAGUGCCAGGCGCUGGAAGACACAGUCAGCCAUUUGAAGAAAUGCAAAGAGCACACUGAACAGAAGCUGAAAGAAGCCAGUAUUGAGUCAGAACAGAUAACUGCUAAUCUGGAGGAAGCUCACCACUGGUUCAAAUCAAAGUUUGAUAGUCUGCAACACGAGCUGGAAAAAAACAGGCAACAGAAGAAUGCUGCUGAACCCAACUGUGAGGAGGAGAAAAAGCCAGUGAGGCUCCCUAGCCAGGUAUGUCUGAAGCGCUGGGAAACGAAGAACCAUUUGAAGUUUGUUUCCAGGAAAUAUCUAAAUGAGCUAAAUCAGCCAUGACCAUCUUGUGCAGGAGGUUCCAGGCUCUGUGAAGUGACAAUGUGGCUGUCAACACAACUUUUCAGGCCAAGAUCUACCAUAAUGUUGCCAGAGGUACCCAGAGGAAACCUAAAGCUGAACCUUUUUCAAGUGAGUUCCACAGACUCACUGAAGUUACUUGCCAGCAGAAACCCUAUGUGAACUCAGUACCCCCCAUAUUAAUGAAGAAGAGUGUUUCUUAAAAUGCAUACGCACAAACUGACGAACAGCCAGGAAACCUCCAAAUCACAAUUAAGUACAAGUCUCAACAAAUAAUUAUUAAAAUGUCUCCAAGGAACUUUCUAAGCAGGUAAAUUUCCGUUUUGUUAAAAAAUUAUUUGUAUGUGGGCCAGUACUAAAACCUCCUCCUGAGUGAAAUCUUUAGACACAUAGGAUGAAACAUAGUGAUGUACUGAAUUGGGUCCUUUCCACUAUUUGACCUGUGUUUGCAGUCGAUAUAGGGUAAAAGCGCUGAGGCUUUAGAACCAACUUCUCUCAAAUCUUAAUUGGGUUCAUCUUGUAGAUGAAAUCCAAAGUUUCUUUAACUGUUCCUCUUUGCACAGAUGGGUGGCAUAUUCAGCAUGGAUUAGGAUACCUACAAGGCAGAGCAGUUUUGAGCAAUUAAUUGUAGUGCUAAGGAAACGUAUAGUACUUGCCCAAAAUGUCUCCCUCAAACACUAAAAUAUAAUUGAGUCACUUUUGAGCUGAGCUCCUCUCUCCUGCCUCCUCCCUCAUUCUCAUAGGUUACUAUGUUUGUGGAUGCCUUGCUCUAACUUGCUCAUUAUCAGGUAAAAAAAAGAAAGAAGAGUGAUUAAAGUGAGAAAAUAAGCCAUUAUACCAUUGGUGACAUAUUUAUACAUAAGACAUUUGGAUGCUGCAUUUUAGAAUCAUUUUUUACACUGGUAUUGCUGAUGAAAAAUUUGCCUUUUGCCUGGAUCUCUACAAAGAAGCCUUACUGGGAUUGGGCCAAGCUAUCCAAGAGCACUUAGUGAUUGUGUUUCAUCAUAAAUCAUGACCAAGAAUAUGUUGUAAUUUUGCUGUCUUUCCAGAACAAUCACAAUAUACUAUGUAAAUCUGAUGUAUAUUUGUUGGUAGGUGUAUUUAUUUAAGAAUUAAAACUUAUACU